AUGAGUAUUGUGUCAUCGUUUAUUAACAACCAAAGAGAAACACGCCGGAUCGGGGUAUUCAACGAAACUCCAUGCAAGUUGGUUGACUUUCUCGGUGGUGUCAAUUAUACGCCUUCUCAAGACAAUAAUGAAAUUUUCAAUCAUUCCGUAGGCUUCCUUCAAAAAAUAUUAGCGGAAAUAGAAGUAGAGAAAGGAUGGAAACAUUUUAAGUUUUUCAUUAUGGAAAAAAAUGAUAGAUUUUUCGUAGGAAUCUCUCAUAUGAAAAGUUGGAGAACUUUGCCAAAACAAACUUUUAAUUGCCUUUCGUGUAAUUCAGAAUCUGAAACAAAUAAGGUUUCAAGAAUUGAUUUUCCAGCAACUAUAGGUGAUAAUACUAAAAAACUUUUGAAUCUUUGGCUCGAUGCAAAAGCAAGAUCAAUAUUUAUAGUAACUCCUGUUCGGCAUGUUGAGAGACUUUCUGAAUGUAAUGAUGAUGAAUUAUUUUCAAUAUUUCACCUUGCAACGCAAAUACUUGACGAGGAAACGAAAGUUUCUAAAGUGCCAUGGGGUGGUAUGAGAUUUCUUCGAAUGACAUUAAAUCAUGGCAAUUUGAGGAACCUCAAACAUUUACAUCUUAAAAUUUCUGUAAAAAGACAGGAUUUUAGAUAUUUCGAAGACCAUGGAUGGGAUAAUGUAAAGAGAUAUAAGUUUAAAAUUUUGGAAAAUAGUUUAUAUAAAAAGGAUAAAAGAGUGCAGAAGGUAUCAUAA